UUAGACUGAAACCUACACCAUAAAACCCUCUUGGAAGCCAAGAGGAAAUAAGUGACAUUUAUUGAUCAAUUCCGUCAUUAUGGACUUGGUGAAAUGCGUUUGUUUAACAUUUCAUUUCAGUUUUCUUUGUGCUGUCUCUCCAAGUGCAAUUGAAAGUAAGUAAUGUUACUCAAGUGGAACAAGCUCCGUUUCAAAACGGAGAUCGAUUUACGUUAGCAAAAAAGCUUUUUAUCUGGCGGAAGUGGGUCAUUCUUGACGAGGGACAUUUGUGAGUUGGCUAUCGUCCUCUGCCAAACUGUAUUCAUUUGAAUCCCGAGCUGCACAAUGGGUGGCAGUCAAAGGUCCACUGUUACUCUUCGUGCUUUGAUCCCUUAUUUGGUCAUUUACAGGGCACUAGGUUUAUUACCUAUAAAUUUCGCAUCGGAAACCGCUAAUCCAUCAUCUAAGCCGACUACUCCUUGGUUGUGUCGAUUCCGUCCCCGGCUCUGCUGGCGCCAAAUAGGUUGGACAAGACUCUACUCUGCCUCGGUCUUUUUACUUGUGACGGGAUUUCUCUUUGAAAAAUUACCUUCUUUGGAGUCGAAAGGGAAGGACGUUGUUGGUCGUCUCGAAGUUGCCAAUCGCUCCUCCAUUUGUCUGAAUGUCUUCGUCACAUCAGCCAUUUGCUUUUGUUACGUGGGUAAAAGAAUGUCGGCCCUCACCCAAAAAAUGAUUCAGUGCGAACACGACUUGAUCGCUCUUGGCUGCCACUUGCAAAAUCGGUUAGCAGUUUACUGUUGGAUCGUUUUGGCCAUUGGAAGCGUGGCAACAAUCUUGAACGAAUUAGUGAUUGGCAUAAAAUACAUCCGUCCUACAAUGAACUCAGCAACCGAAGAAGAAGAUCAAUCAACACUGCUGGUCAUCUUUCGUUCGAUUAUGACUCCCUUUACAGCUGGACUGAUGCCGUUUGUCGACUUUUCAGUCAUUCAACUGAGCUUAAUCUUUUCAGCUUACCUGAAGCAAUUGCGAAAGGAGAUUGAGCACUGGUCUUCCUUGGGACUCAAAGCUAAAGAACGACUCCGUUUGACUUACUGGAAGGUUCAAUCCCUAAUUAAAGAAGCGGAUGACAUAUUUUCACCAACAAUUUUGAUCGAAAGCCUCAGUUGCGUGGCUCACUUGACACUGCAAAUUAACAUUCUAGUCGGAACGAAAAUCGAGUCUUCCGAGUCCGAUGAAUAUGACAAACAUCAAGUGUUUAUGGUCACUGCAAUCACCACUGUUAACCUGUUUAUCCGCUUCAUUUCGUCCUCUCUUUUCGCUGAAAUGAUUCACCGAGAGAGAUUCAAAAGCCAACGAAGUCUUUACGAGCAGUCCGGAGAAGAAUUUUGGUCCUACGAUCUAGAACUACUUGUGACGAAACGAUUUGUCCACCAACUGACUUUGCCGUUGGGUUUUACCGGUUGCGGCUUUUUCAAGCUGGGCAAGAGCUACCUGAUCGCCAUGUGCGGUACUAUUUUAACCUACGAGAUCGUCCUGAUGGAUAUGGCCAACUCCGAAAAUCCGGCAACUUUUGAGAGUUGCGUAAAUAACAGUUUUACUCUUGCGCAACACGGGACCGGAAUCGCUGAAAAUUCAAAUUAAAAAUUAUUUCAAUGGUUAUUGGCUUUAGUUAGCUGGAGUUUAAGUACCAUUUCUUACUGUUCACAUCGUUAGUUAUGGAAGGAAAAAUUUUGAUCAUAACUAACAGUGUACAGUUAAGACAGACGCAGUUACUGUCGCUAAUAGUAAAAAGGAAGAUAGCCGUUAUAGCCAUUACUGGUAGUGUAGAAUGAAAGGCGAUAUCCACUGAAGCUGGACGAAUAAACUUGUGGGCGGAACAAGUUAUUGAUGCUGUUUCCGAAAGUUGAUGGCGGAGGAUUGUUUCAAAAAUUUCCAACUUAAUAUUUGUUACCGCAGAAGGAAGCUAUGAAUUCCAUUCCAUCCAAAUAUAUUAUCAAACAUUUCCAAAACAAUAAAAUCAAUUUCACUUAGGAACAAUAUAAAUACUGAUAAGACGUGACUCAGGUAGUCUGUCACGUCACACGAUCGCCUAUCAUAAAUUAACAAACAGUCACUGACAUGUCGUUAAGAGUACAAUAGAUAG